AUGUCUAUCUUAACAAUCUUCUUUCUUGUUUUAAUCCCUUAUGCAACUUCAAUUAGUUUCAAUUUCAGAAAUAUCAGUCAAAACAACUCCCAGGAUAUAAUAUUAUCAGGUGAUGCAGCUUAUAUCCCGGGUGAUGGAAUCCAGGUAACCUACGAUAGGAAUCUGAAUCGUAGUUCGCCAUGGUUAGCAGGUCGAGCGACGUACAAAACACUUCUUCAUCUUUGGGACAACGACUCUAAUUUAGCCAGCUUUUCUACGAGUUUCACAUUUGUGAUCAGUUCAUACGUGAAUAAUUAUCACGGUGAUGGUCUCACAUUCUUCCUUGCUCCGAAUAAUUCCGUGAUGAAGGCAGGAGAAGCCAUUGGUCUUCCGGUCAUUUAUAAAUCCAACACCAGUACAUAUCCAUUUGUAGCUGUGGAGUUUGAUACUUAUGGUGGCAACGUGUGGGAUCCAAUGGAUCCCAAUUCAUCCAGGCCCAUAGAUGAACAUGUUGGUAUUGAUAUCAGCUCUCUUAAUUCUGUUGCAUAUCGGAAAUGGAAUAACAAUAUAACACUUGGGAAAGAGUGUAGAGCUUUGAUUAAUUAUCAUGCUGAUUCUAAAAAUCUUAGUGUGUCCUUCACCAAUUUUAAAAAUAAUUCGCCAGUAUGGGAAACUGGCCUUAGCUACACCAUUGAUUUAAGGAAAGUGUUGCCCGAAUGGAGGUAG